AUGAAUACUAGCGAUGAUAUUGCCGGAUAUAUUGACGCUGUUGGUCCUGAUGUUACGGAGUUCAAGACCGGUGAUCGAGUAGCUUCAAUGCAUCAACCUGGAGCAACCCACGGCGCCUAUGCAGAGUACUCGACUAGCGGCGUGGAGACCACCUUCCACAUCCCCCCAAAAACCAGCUUUGAGGAAGCUGCGACGAUUCCAUUGGCUGCAUUGACGGCAGCCACGCUCGUCUUUCGUGGACUCAAGGUUCCUGAACCUUGGGCAUUGAACGAUAAACCUCAACGCCAGCCACUGGUUGUGUGGGGCGGCGCCUCUGCUGUUGGAGGUUUUGCGAUCCAGUACGCCAAACGGGCCGGCUUCCAGCCCAUCAUAGCUGUUUCUGGGCGCGGUAUGGAACAGACCCGAAGCCUUCUAGAUGAAAGCUUUGGAGACGCAGUACUUGAUUAUCGGGCUGGAGGGCAAUCCGUUGCCAGCAGUAUCCGUGGUCUAUUGAGAAGAGCCCCGCUACGGUAUGCACUGGACGUUGUCUGCCAAGAAGACAGUUCCCAGACUCUGGCAGACCUUUUGUACCCCUCCUUGGCCGGAGAAACACCAUCAAGCCUGAUAUUUGGUGUACCCUUGAUGGAAACCCAACCGGAUAAGCAGGGUCAAAUCGUGCCUUUCGAAAUGCCGCUUGGAACGGAUCCAGCUUUCCUCCCGGUAAGCUUUGUCUAUGAAAGUGACACUGGCCGUGAUUUUGGCUUCGUGCAUGGUAGGUACAUAGGCAAAGGUCUGCAGGAUGGCUGGCUGAAGCCCCAUCCGUACAUAGUUGUGCCAGGUGGCCUUGCUGGGAUUGAGAGCUAUGAUAAUGGCUUUUAG